UCCUCUCUGACACCUCGCUGUGGCGCUGAGCCCAAGGCUUAGGCUACUGCUGCACAUGCAGAGAAAGCCGUCGCCGCCCACUCUCGGUGUGCGUUAAAAGGUUUUGGUGCAAACGUGUGAGAGCCCAGUGACCUGUGAUCUGUGCAGAGGGGAAGGAGGCGGAGGUGAUGCCCGAUCUGACCUGAGCAACGAUGGACCACCGUCCUCCUCUGAGGCUGAGCUCGCUGCCGCUCAUCCUGCUUCUCCUCAAGACGACCAGCAUAACAAGGCUGCAAGGAGAUCCGCUUACAGAGGUGGAACACCUGGAGUGCGUGAACGAUUACCUGUUCACCAUCAACUGUUCCCUGAGCGUCACACCGUCAGUCAACGCUUCGGUCAGCAACAGGACCUUCUGGCUGACGCUCACAGACAUGGAGGACGAGAGGAAGUACGAGUGUCUGCUGUCAGAAACCACGGCUGGCUUUUUCUGUUCCGUCAAGAUAAAACGCGCAGAAACAUUUUCAGACAUUGACUACUAUGAAAUUAGCUUCUGUCAGAGCCAAGGUUCUGGCUCUGAGAACUGCACGUUGCUGGAGGAGGAAUACAAGCCUCACCAUCACAUUAAACCCAACGCCCCGUGCUGCCUCACGGUCCGCCACAACGGGAGCCGGGACACCUUCUCCUGGAAAAGCACCUAUGAGGAACACCUGUCCCACACGUUGCUGCCACAGCAGCUGACGUAUCAGCUGUGGUUCUACAAAGCAGGAGACAGAGACGGGGAAAGAACGCACAUCAUUAACAGCGACGACACAACGCUCUCCGUGGAGGAGGAGAACUUGGAGCCGGACACCGAGUACGUUGUGAAGCUGCGCUCCUGUCCCAACAUGGUGCACUACCUAGGCCAGUGGAGCGACUGGUCCUCCGAGGUUCUCUGGAGGACAGAGGCCGCCGUUAACGCAGCUCCAGCAGACGGACGCGUCCCCAACCUGCCGUUGGCGUUGGCCGUGGUUUGUGUCGUGAUGGUGAUGCUGCUGGUGUCCUACGGCUCCGUGAGAAAGUGGAGGCGCGGCACCUUCAUUCCAACCCCUGCGCCGUAUUUCCAGACCUUGUACAAAGACUGCCAGGGGGACUUUAAGAGCUGGGUCGUGACGCAGGAGAACCCCGCGGACGCGCUCCAAGCAGAGGAGGCGCUCCACAUCGACACCCUGGUGGAGUGCGCAGAGGUCCGGGACUACCAGUACUCCGCCGCGGUGCACCUGGUGGAGAACCGGGCCUACAGCAGCGUGGACGCGGACCUCCUCAGCAUGCAGUCCGCGGACGGCGGCACCGCGGCGCGGCUGCUGGAGCAGCGGAGGUCCGUCAGGAGUCUGUCCGGGUACUGCCGGUCCUGCAGCCCGGCGCAGGACUCCGGCUGCUGGCUGUGCAGCGACACGUCCCUGGAGCAGGAGGCCUCCUGGUACUGCAACGACUACUGCACCCUGAGCGGCCUGCAGCUGGCCGCCUGCGGCGCCGGAGCGCACAAACCGGCCGCUGCCAAGGGAAGUUAGGGCGCCCUGAAUGGUUUUCACACCUCAAGCGUUUCACUUUUUGUCACGUCGCAGUUUUCAUUCUCACAGGUGGAUCAGGAAGCAUUAACUGGACUUUAUUUAGAGCGGUCAAAUUAAGAGGUGUGUAAAUAUAUUCACUUCUUAGAUGUUGAUUUGCAAAGAUGUCAAAUAAUUUUACUUUCACUUCACAACCAUACACUACUUUGUCUAGUUCAGGGGUGUCCAAACUUUUCAUCACGUGGGCCAGAAGUACCGGAGGACUAAAAAUACACAUUAAAAACCAAUUAAUAUUAACCAAACAGCAUAUUGUG